AUGAAAGUGUUAUUGAUGGCUAUCUGUGUCUGUGUGGCUCUGGCCCAACGCGCUGAAGACCCGCUGUGUGUGCAGAAGGGUUGUCCAAGAAACAAGACAUGUAGAGUCGUCAAGGAUUGUGCAACACCCCGUGCGUGUAGUCUCAAAGCGUUAUGUCUGACCAACCCGCCACAGUUUAGUCACACAGGAGUUUGUCAGGUGGGGCAACCAAUUCUUGAGAAAGAAGGACGGUCUUGGGCUGAUUCAAAAUGUGGUCCUACAUUUCCGUGUCCUGACACAACUUACUGUAACACUGAAUUGCAAGAUACUUACUCAACCUGUUGCAGAUCAGACCCAGACAAUCCCGUGAAAAAUGGUACCUGUCCAGCCAGCACAAGAAAUGACACAUUCUACUGUGUUGACACCUGCAACAAUGAUGGAGACUGCAGAGGUGAUGACAAAUGUUGCCAGGACGGCUGCGCACGAUCUUGUAGGACUCCGCUCAACAAUGUUUGUCAAACAAAGACGUGCCCGGAAAACUCGUACUGUUUAACUCCCGAGAUGAAUCCAUGUACAUCUGCCACAGUGUGUUAUAAGGUUGGAGACUGUGUUCCAUGUGGCCCAGUAUGUUACAUACAGUGCCCUAACGGAUUUGUGAAGGAUCCCAAGGGUUGUCCCACAUGUGUGUGCAAAUCAACACGUAAAUAUUGA